AUGGGAGUGAACAGAGUGAAAACGGGGGCGUUGGGUGAGAGAAUAUGUUUGGGAGAGUUUGAAGAAGAAAAAGAAGAGCAUGAGGAAGAUGAUGAAAACGAGGAUGAAUUUAAAGAUGGGUUUUCGUGCGUGAAGGAGGAAGAUGAUGAAGACGAGGAUGAAUUUGAAGAUGGGUUUCCAUGCGUGAAGGAGAGAAGAGAGGUGAAGAAGAUGGUUAAAAGGUUGAAGGUUUCUAUUCUUGGGUUGGUGGAGACUAGAGUGAAACAGGAGAACUUGUUGAAGAUCCAUGCAGCUAUGGUUCCGGGAUGGGAGGUUAUUCAUAACUAUUCAGCGCAUCGGCUGGGGAGGAUUUGGCUUUGCUGGGAUCCUAACCAGGUCUUUAUUCACCCUAUGCAUAUUCAUGCUCAAUCGAUCACUUGUAAAGUGACAUUGGUUGAUCAAUCUGGCUGUCGGUUGCUUACUAUUGUUUAUGGUGCUACUCAGGACUGCUUGAGCUGUUUGGAGAUUGAGGAUCUAGCUACGUCUGGCUGUUUCCAUAUGUGGACAAACAAUCAAUGUGGAGAUGCUUUUGUUUCCAAAAAGCUGGAUCGAGCCCUUUCUAAUCUGGAGUGGCUUCAACAGUGUGGCAACACUGCUGUGGAAUUUUUGGAGAGGGGAGUGUCGGAUCAUUCUCCAAUCCUUGUUUCUGUGAAGCAAUUCAUUAGCUAUGGUCCUAAGCCUUUUAAAUUUUUUAAUUUUUGGGCUGACCAUCCUCAGUUCUUGGAUUGGAUUGCGGAAGGUUGGAGUAUCAAUGUAGAAGGCUAUUCUAUGUUUAGGCUUUAUUCUAAGCUUAAGAAUGUGAAGCGAAUCUUAAAGGUGAAAAAAUUGGAGGUUUUUGGGGGUUUGGGACAGAGAGUGACUCAAGCUAGGCGGGAGUUGGCUGCUGCCCAGGCUGCAUUCCUCUCUUCUCAUGGAGACGCUGCUUGGCUUCAAAAAGAAAUAGAAUGUUUGCAUGUUCUGAUUUCUAUCACAGCUGCUGAAAAGAACUUUUUAAAGCAGAAGUCUUGGAAUAAUUGGUUGAAUUUAGGAGAUGGAAAUGCAGGUUUUUUCCACAAGGUGGUUAAAGCUCGGAAUUCCUCCAACCUGAUUAAGGUCUUAUUGGAUGCUGAGGGGACUAGGGUCACUGAUAUGCAGCGUAUUAAAGACAUAGCUUUGGACUAUUACCAGAAUCUCCUUGGGCAUACUUCUCAUGAAUUCACUCACGUGAAGGCUGAUAAAGUUGCUAAUUUGUUCUGUAAGAAAUUCUCUCCUUCUUGUGUUGAGCGCAUACAAGCUCGGGUGACUAAGGAUGCGAUUCAACAAGUUAUUCUCUCCAUGAAUAGAUCCAAAGCCUCGGGUCCUGAUGGGUUUUCUGCGGGGUUUUUUCAACAAGCUUGGCCUAUUGUGGGGGAGGAUGUUUGUGAUGCUAUUAUGGAGUUCUUCUCUUCGGGUAGGCUACUUAAAGAGGUCAACUCUACAAUUAUAACCCUUGUCCCUAAGAAAAAGAAUGCUACUUCUAUGGGGGAUUUUAGGCCCAUUUCUUGUUGUAACUUGGUCUACAAAUGUAUUACAAAGAUUAUGGCCAACAGAUUGGUGGCUGGACUAGAUGAGGACUAUGUUUUGCAUUGCUUGGGCUGCCUUGGUGCUUCUACUGUCUAUGUUAAUUGGGUUAAAGAGUGUAUCACUUCUCCUAGAUUCACUCUUGCUCUCAAUGGAACAUUAGUGGGGUACUUUAAAGGUAGGAAAGGGCUUAGACAAGGAGACUCGCUCUCUCCCUAUCUUUUUGUGAUUGCUAUGGAGGGUUUAUCCCGGUUGUUGGAGGAGGUUGUUAUUCAUAACCCUUUUUUUGAUUUUCAUCCGAAGUGUAGUUCCCUAAAGCUUACUCAUUUAUGCUUUGCGGAUGACCUCAUUAUAUUCUCUUCUGCUUCUUGUGAUUCUAUUAAAGUCAUCAACGAUGUUCUUGAGGAGUUUGAAGAGCUGGUUAGGUUGAAGGAAAAUCCGGCUAAGAGUUCGGUGUUCUUUGGAGGAGUUCCCUAG